AUGUUUCCCAAAACUUUUUCAAGGAGCCUUCUCCUGGCAUUUUCCGUUUCUCAAUCCGUAUCUGGUCUCAAACUCGAUACCUCUGAUCCAACUUCAAUCAAAAAUGUAGCAGGUACCAUUGCAUAUGGCCUCAUGAAAUAUUAUACCGGCAAUGUCACCAACACACCAGAUACCAUUGCGGUACUGCCAGCUCCGUACUACUGGUGGGAAGCUGGUGCCAUGUGGGGAACCAUGAUCGAUUACUAUCACUAUACUGGGGAUGCUACCUACAAUGAUAUUACCACACAAGCUUUGGCUUCUCAAGCUGGCCCGCUUUUCGAUUACAUGAUGCCGAACCACCAAAAGGAUGAAGGAAAUGACGACCAAGCCUUUUGGGGAAUGUCUACCAUGUCUGCUGCAGAAAAGAAUUUCCCGGAGCCCUCCAACACGGGGGGAUUUACGUGGGUAGAAUUGACCGAGAAUUUGUGGAAUACCCAAGCUGCCCGCUGGGAUACGUCGGCUUGUGGUGGUGGAUUGAAAUGGCAGAUUUUCUCAUUCAAUAAUGGAUAUACAUACAAAAACUCGGUUUCUAAUGGAGCCUUCUUUCAACUUUCAGCACGUCUUGCACGCUAUACCGGAAAUCAAACAUACGUCGAUUGGGCAGAAAAGGUUUAUGAUUGGACGACCAAGAUUGGAUUUAUCGAUUCAAAUUUCAACACUUUCGACGGUGCCGAUGAAUCUAAAGCUUGCACCAAUCCGAAUAAAAUUACCUGGAGUUACAACAAUGCCCUUUUCCUGUACGGAGCCGCUGUCAUGUACAACUACACCACCAGUUCCACUUGGCAAACACGAACCGAGGGUUUAUUAAAAGCCUCUUCCAAUUUCUUCACAUCUGAUAGUGUCAUGUACGAACAAGCAUGCGAAGAAGUAGCAACUUGCAACAAUGAUCAAUUUUCCUUCAAGGCGUAUCUCGCACGGUUCAUGUGGGCAACCACUCAAAUGGCACCUUUUACAACAGCCACUAUCACGUCAUAUCUCACCAAAUCCGCAUCUGCAGCAGCUAGUAUUUGCGUUGGUGAUGCUAAUGCUUGUGGUACAAAAUGGUAUACGGGAUCUAAUGAUGCAAUAUCCGGCCCUGGACAACAGAUGAGUGCUCUGGAAGUCAUUCAAGGAUUACUCGUCUCUUCCGCCGCGCCACCAGUCGUCAAAGGCCAAGCAUCUGUUCAAUCAACUUCUUCUUCUUCACCAGCCUCUUCGGCUUCUUCGGCUUUUUCAUCCGCUGUCAUUAGCACUAGCAGCAAAUCCAGUGUUUCAAGACAAAGUAGUGUGAAGGCGACCACUAGCGCUACCAGCGCCGCAACCACUGAUUCAUCCACCAACGUAGUCGUGACCGAUACCAUCCUGGAAAGUACCACAGUUCCAUGCUCGACUAGUUCUUCUUCUACGGUAUAUUCUUCCCCCGAAGUUCCCUCUUUCACCGCACAGCCUUCUACACUUACUUCGCGAGAAGUAGAAUCUUCCACUGCAGUCCCUUCAUCUACUUUGAAAUCAUCUCCUACUGUCUCUUCUUCUAAAUCAAAAACUUCGAUUUUUGCUGUUACAACUCCCGCGCCUGAUCUCGAUACCACAACUACAGUCAGUAUUCUCCACAGCACCACUGUAUCUUGCAACACAUCAGUAUAUGCAAACUCUACUGCUUGGUUUGCAUCAUCCUCAUUUUUGUCCAGUCGUCUUACAAUUGCUUCAUCGGCCCCUGUUAUUGUUACAUCUGCUCUGCCUGCGUCUUCUAAAUCUUCGACUGCCUUACUGAUUGAUACUACUACACAGCGAGCGCCUGCAAUUUCGGGAACUGGUUCAAGAGGAACUAUGAGCUUAUUAACAACAGCUUCAGCCUCGGCGACUAAGGCUACAGUCACGGCGGCUGCUGGAAGAAAUAUGGACGUUUCGGAAUCGGGUUUACUGGCCGGUGUGCUUGGCUUGGGGCUGCUAUGGGCUCUUUAG